AUGGCCACCUCUGACUCUGUCCUGGACUCACAUGUCUCACUCAUGCACUAUUCCUCCACUGAAGAUGACCAAGACGACGAUGACGACGAGGAUGAGGAAGACACAAACCUCGAUUUCUACGACACCAAUGUCGACUCCGAAGACGAGUACAAGAAGCCCGACACCUUUUCCGGCAGCAGUUUCCGGCGGGAUUUCGGGGUGGUGCUGGACCCGCGAGCCAAGUGGGUCCAAGAAUGGAACAGGGUGUUCCUCCUGGUGUGUGCCACUGGACUUUUCGUCGACCCUCUGUUCUUCUACGCGCUCUCCAUAAGCGACACGUGUAUGUGCCUCUUCCUCGACGGCUGGCUCGUGGUCACCGUCACCGUGCUCCGGUGCAUGACCGACGCGUUGCAUGUGUGGAACAUGUGGCUCCAAUUCAAGAUGACUAAACGCUCUUCUUUUCUUGCCAGAGACGUAUACGCCUCGCGCGGUGGUAGAUGUGCUCUUCGCUACCUCAAGGCUAAGAGGGGUUUCUUCUUCGACAUCUUCGUCAUCCUCCCCAUUCCCCAGAUUGUGCUAUGGAUGGCAAUUCCCUCUCUGUUGGAGAGAGGAUCAAUUACGUUGGUGAUGACAGUGUUCUUAAUCGUCUUCCUCUUUCAAUACCUUCCCAAAAUUUAUCACUCAGUUUGCCUCUUGCGUCGCAUGCAAAACCUCUCUGGCUACAUUUUUGGAACCGUUUGGUGGGGUAUCGCCCUCAACCUCAUAGCAUAUUUUGUAGCUUCCCAUGCAGCAGGGGCAUGCUGGUACAUGUUAGGGUUGCAAAGGGCAACAAAGUGCUUGGAAGAACAGUGUGCAAAAACAGCUGGUUGUGGCUUGAGAACACUGUGCUGCAAAGUGCCUAUAUACUAUGGAGGCACUAGCAUCGUAAGGGACAAAACCAGACUGGGAUGGGCUGAAAACAGGGAAGCAAGGUCUACUUGUUUGGACAGUGCUGAUAACUACGACUAUGGUGCAUACGCAUGGUCUGUUCAACUCGUCACAAAUGAUAGCAGAUUGGAAAAGAUACUUUUCCCUAUCUUCUGGGGCCUAAUGACUCUCAGCACUUUCGGGAACCUAGAGAGCACAACGGAGAGGCUAGAAGUGUUUUUGCAUGCGACAACGUCAAAGAAGCAAGCAAUGAUACUGAGAAUGAGGAACAUUGAAUGGUGGAUGAGCAAAAGGAGGUUGCCACAAGGGUUCAGGCAGCGCGUGAGGAACUAUGAGAGGCAGCGUUGGGCUGCGAUGCGAGGGGUUGAUGAAUGCCAGAUGAUAAAGAAUCUCCCUGAGGGACUAAGAAGGGACAUCAAGUACCAUCUCUGUUUGGAUUUGGUCAGACAGGUGCCACUGUUUCAGCACAUGGAUGAUUUGGUGCUAGAGAACAUCUGUGACCGUGUGACGUCCCUUGUAUUCACAAAAGGAGAAACAAUAAGCAGAGAGGGAGACCCAGUUCAAAGAAUGUUGUUCGUGGUAAGGGGACACCUUCAGAGCAGCCAAGUCCUGCGAGACGGGGUGAAAAGUUACUGCAUGUUAGGGCCUGGGAACUUCAGCGGCGACGAGCUUCUUUCGUGGUGUUUGAGAAGGCCAUUCAUAGAGCGUCUUCCACCAUCUUCAAGCACUUUGGUGACACUUGAAGCGACGGAGGCAUUUGGGUUGGAAGCAAAGGACGUGAAAUACGUGACACAGCACUUCAGGUACACAUUUGUGAAGGAAAAAGUUAAGAGAAGUGCUAGGUAUUACUCCCCAGGGUGGAGAACUUGGGCUGCGGUGGCCAUUCAAUUGGCUUGGAGAAGGUAUAGGCACCGUUUGGGGUUGAAUUGUUUGUCCUUCAUAAGGCCUCGCAGACCUGCCUCGAGGUGCAGUUCCAUGGAAGAGGAUAGGCUUCGUCUGUACACGGCUUUGUUAACUUCACCCAAGCCUAAUCAGGAUGACUUUGACUUCUGA